AGUAUGGUUGAACAUUUCAAGUGCAACGUAUCGUACGGCAAUCGCAACAUCGUUGUUCUUAUUGAAUUGAUAAGAUUCGCGCGGCUAUUAUUCGAGUAAAUAGUGAGUUCGAAGAAUUGAUUUUCCGAACAAUAACUACAGUUGGAUUUUUGCACAGCAAAGAAACCAAAUUGAUAAUUAUAAUUAGUGAAAAGAUCGUCAUGAACUCGGAAAAUACGAUGACAAUACGGAAUAGUUUUUCCAUUGAAAACAUCUUAUCGAAACCACACAAAAAUUUGACGACAACAGAUAAUCAGUGCAAAUUAAAAAGUGCCAUUGAGUGUCCUGACCAUAUACGGGCAUCUGAUGAAGUGUCUUCGUUUACCAGCGAUGAUAUUGUGCUAAAGAAAGAACCAAUCAAUGGUUUAACCAACGAUUUAAUUUCGCACGAUGACUUGAACAAAAUCGGUCGCAACCAUUUCACAUCACCUGAUUCAAGUGGAUGCGAAGAGGAAAAUACGGAUAAUCUCAGCGAUAUUACAACAGGAGAAACUUCCCAAAAUGAUGACCGAAAAAAGCGUCCACGUACAGCGUUCUCGGCGUCUCAAAUUAAGGCAUUGGAAACGGAAUUCGAGCGUGGAAAAUAUCUAUCAGUGGCAAAGCGAACGGCAUUGGCAAAGCAGUUACGGCUCACCGAAACGCAAAUAAAAAUUUGGUUUCAAAACCGUCGCACUAAGUGGAAGCGAAAGUAUACAUCGGACGUGGAAACGUUGGCAUCACAGUACUAUGCACAGAUUGGUAUUGGUGGCAUUGCACGUCCGAUGGUUGUAGGUGAUCGUUUAUGGUUGUUUAGUCAAUCACCGAAUGUAUCACAUCCAUCGCAAUCACCGUUAUUGCCACCAAAUGAUGCGUCCGCUGCAUUUCGAACGGGUUUCAGUACGGGCACAUCGCCCGUACCACCAACGCCAAAUCCAACAAUGUCAAUGCAAACACAACGAAUGGCCGGCUUUCCAAAUCGAUGCAAUUUCUUAGGCGCUGACACACCACCAAAUUAUGAUUUCAAUAAACCCGAAACAUUCUAUCGUCAAUUUCUUUCCGCACCAAACGCCGCACCGAACAAAUACAAUGAUAAUUACUUUCCGCCCAAUCAAUCAAAAGUCCUAUUCAACAAAUUGCUCUGGUCGAACGCGUUCACAAAUAAACCUAUCGAUAAACCGUACGAACGAUUUCCAUUCGACGUUUUUACCAAUGGAUAUAAUGAGUCGGACACACUUUCGGAUGUGACACCAACGAAAGAAAUUGGCAACGGCGGCGGCGGUGGUAUUGCGGAAUUGGAACGAGUUUUUGGACCAAAUGCCGAACAACGUGCCAAUCAUCCAUUGAAUAUGGAUACAAAAUUCGGAGCGAAGGGUAAUUUUGCGAAUGGAAUUCAAGAUAAUAGCGAUUGCCUCAGUGAGGAGAAUAGCGAUGUGGACUGUGAACAACUUUGAGACAAAUAUUUUGAUGUGACAUUGAAUACACUUUCACAGUUUUGUUGGAGAAACGAUUUUCGGGCAGAAAGACGUAAAGCGACUCUUUCUCUGGAAUAAAGAAGUUUGAAAUUCUUUUUUCCUCUUUAGAACGAGCUUCAGUGUAAUUUUUCGACAUAAAAGCGUAGAACGGUUUCUACGUGAUUUGAAGUCACUUUCAGUCAACAUUUGAGUUUGAAUUCAACAAAAUACCAAAAUGUUAAAGCCUGACAACUUAAUACCAAAGAUACAGUUUUUAAUUGACGAUUGUGAAUUCAUAGAGCUUCUAACUGCUGAUUUAAUUGCACAAUCAAUGAAAACGAUUCGAAUUUAAAUCAAAAUCAAAAAGAAAUUAUGUUAAAUCCCUUCGAAAAACUAUGGUGACAAUGUCCACUAGACAUGGAGAAAACUACAAAUGCUUUCGAAUUAAAACAAUAAAUGCCUUAAAAUAGUUCUUAAUGAUGAAUAAAAACGUUGCAAACGUGUUAAUAAAAUAACGUUGGAACAUGUAUCUUCAAAAUGUUGAAAACGAUGCCAAAAGAAAUUAUUUACCUUUUUAAGAGAAAAUCGAAAUAAUUUUCAGGAACUUUAUCAAUUUUUCAAUCAUAAGAUUACUCAUAUAUUUAUAUCUUAACACAAUGAUGUAUAUCAAAGAUUUGAAUAAAAUGCUCAACUUACUCGGAAAAA